UCACUCUCCUCCAGUCGCUCGCAAUGCCGCCUCCUUCCAUGCAGGCUAACAGCGACUAGCCCAAUGACUCAUGGCCUUGUGCGCGAACAUCAGCAUAGGCACAGGGCGACAACCCCGACAAUUUUGGGGUUGCAGAGCAACCUACGUGUUAUUCGUGACCCCAAACGUCAGAGAGUCGCAGCGCAGGCGCAAGCAGCAGCCCACAUCUGGUCGUUAGCACAAGACAUCUCUCUCUAGCAAACCUCAAUCUAUCUCCGGCCUGUGAAUCUCUUGCAUCUCUUGCUCUUGCUCCCGCGAGCACUUUCGAGUAUGGCGGUGUUUCUACUACUCGCGAUCACGCUCUCCGUAGCUGCGAGUGCGCACUCCAGCAUCGCCGCUAGCGUCUCAGCAGCGGCAGCGCCGACUCCAUUCGUCGAGCCCAGCAGGGCCAACGGCUGGCAAGAGAGUGGCGCCUUCACUGUCCAUACAGCAUGGUCCUCGGAAGACUACGUGCUCACCUCCAUGGCUCCGCUGCCAGAUGGCCGCCACGUGGCAGUCGCGGACAGGAAGAAGCACAUAAUUCUCAAGAUCGAGCUGCCACUAUCCAAGACGUCUGCGGUGUCGGUGCUGGCGGGGCGCAACGGCAGCUAUGGCCUGGUGGACGAUCGGGGGGAGGCGGCACGGUUCAACAAUCCCACGCACCUGGCGGCUGACUGCCACGGCAACCUCUUCGUCGUGGACCAGGGCAAUUUCUACCUGCGCGUAAUUUCGCCACAUGGCGAUGUCACCACCGUUCGUCAAAGCAGCGACACUCUUUGUCGCCCCAUUCUUCAGCAACCGUCUAGCCACAGCACCCAGGCACCGCCUACCACCGUUCCACCGGAGUCACCUGGCCGAGCACUCCUUGGGCGCACGGGCAGCAACGGGGAAGCAUCUGUGCAUGCGGCCCAGCACCCUAACUCCCGCUCCAAACCUCACCAUGGGGAUGAGGCGAAGCUGGGGUCGGCUGUGUCUGGCAUGUGGUACAACGCUAGUAGCGGGGUGCUUUAUGUUGUGGACUCAGGCAGGCAGAGGAUUGCUGCUUUUGCGCCUGCUGCUGCUGCUGGUAAUGCUGCUGGUUACGUUGCUUUGAGCAGUGCUGCUGCUGCUGGUGCUGCUGCGGCCAGUGGAGUCUCGUUCGAAGACUCUGCUAAUAUCCCUGGGUGCUUAUGCAACUCCAGGAAUAGCUCUGGAGGAGGGCAUGAUGAUCCGCCUUCCUCCCCAUGGCUUGCAACAUGGCGCAACACGGGGGUGGCAGGGGGGGGCUUCGCUGCUGGCGUGCUGUGCGCUCAUGGCAAGCCGCUCCUCACAGCAGCAGCUGCCGGCACCUCGCAUGUGGGCUCCACCAUGUGGGUCAUCAUCCAGCGCGUUGCAUCCACAGGCCUUGCAGUGCUGCUGCUGCUCUUCUCCCUCCCCCAUCGCUUCAUGCGCCCAUCCUCUGACCACACCACCACCACUACCACAAUCAGCAGCGAUCACGGGCCCCUUGUCGUGCAUCCGUCCACCGAGCAGCAGGGUGGAGGGGGGCAGCAGCAGGAGCAGCAACGGGGUGAGCCAGCCAAGGCGACACUGCUAUCGCUGGUGUGGCCCUUCCGAUCGCCUGCUGCAGCCUCUGACGCCCCAACCACGCCACAGGGAAGUGAGGAGAGUGGUCUGCUGAUUAGCUUUUCAGAUGAGGAGGAGGAGAUGGGGGAUGGCAAGGCAGUUGGUAGUCAUCCACGACAUGAUGCCUCCUGUUCUGUACCCCCCGGUGCACCUGCCCCAGUUGAAACCUUGCAGGCUCAGAGCAGCACAGAAAUACCUGUCACAAUUGCUGCCACUGCCGGUAGUGUCCCUGUUCCAACUUGUAGCAGCGGUGACUCCACAGCGAGGGUCAUGACAGGUGUGGAGUUUGAUGAUGCUGUCGCCUCAGGCCAUGCUGCAUCUGCUACUGGGCAUACAGCUACCACAGUGAUGGCGAGCCGCGGUGGUGGUGUUAAUUUGUCCUCCGCGGAUCCAACCCCCUGUGCAGCAACUGGACCUUCUGGUGCUGCUUUUUUCAGCGACCUGGUGAAGGAGCAAAUGUUGCACACGUGGGUCCAGAGGCAGUGACCGGGAACUCUGCAAGAGAGAGUGCCUUCCAUCAGGGACUUCAGGGUGUGCGUGGUGCCCUUCGCCCAUCGGCCCAUGAAAGUAUGGACCUUGGGGUGAAAUAUACCGUAAUCCCCCGUAUAAAACACCCGCCGGAAUUAAGCUCCCCCGGGUAGCUUGAGCGGGUAUGGGUGUUUAAUUUUUCUGGAUAUACACAACACCCUACUCUCGGACGUGAAAACAUUUGAACACCCCCCUGCCACUAGAAUCUCCAUUUCUAGCAGGAAAUGCCAGAAUUUCGUGUUGCGUCGUUCCGCGGCUCAAUCGCAGAAAAAAACUGCUCGCGCCGA